GUUGGCGACACUGUCAGUUAAGUUUAAGACGACGACCGAGAGGGAACGACGACCGUGCGCGCAACGGAAUAAAAAACGCGCCUUGCAAAGCCCAACAACAACUACAAAUAUAAAAAGAGCCCAAUGCAAAUAAAUAAAAUUGUAAAAUAAAUAACUAAAUGGAAGCCCGCGAUAUCAAGUGUCAUGAUACAUAUGUAGAUAAAAAUAUGAAAAUAUAAAUAAAUUUGCAAAUCUUUUGUGUUGAGCACAAAACAAAUGCAGAGCUGGCCGGCGCCUUAUGCAAGAGCCAGUGGCGUGAUGUCAAUAUUCCUUAUCUAAAUUGAAAACUGAUAGCGGCGAAAGAAUUCGCGAACGGCAAAUGAAACAAGUCGAUGAACAACAAACAACAUAAACGAAAGUCAAUUGCAAUUGUCGAGCAAUAAAUUGUGAUACAAACAGCAACAAAAACAGUAAGAACAGAACAAUUGAUAAACAGUAGAAGCAACAUUCAAACGGACGCCGACCAUCAUGGCCGACUAUAUGGCCUAUCUGGAAACAGGCUGGGAGAAUCUGCCCUACCUGAUCAUCGCCUACGUCCUGCUAACCCUGUUGCCCAAGUCCUUCCUGCGCAUGAAGCGCUUCGCGGAUGCAGAUUACGAAGUCAAUCGCCACAAAUACCAUCGCUGCUAUGGUCCGGAGGUCUGCUGUCAUGUCAAGGAGGCGACAGCGGCGGCGCAGGCUCUGCCGGGCAAGUCCAAGGCACGCAAGCCCGUGACACGCGUCUACCCGAAGCGCCAGCAAUCGGUGCGUGAGGAGGCCCUCGUGCCCGUGGCAGCCGCAGCGCCCGUGAAGCGCAGCAAUGUGACAAAAAUCGCACGCAUGUUCGAGACGGGCGCCACACGGCAGGUGAACCGCGUCUCGCCCACCCUGAGCCACUUUACGAUGCCGGAGAUACGGAUGUUCGGUGCCAGCGGGGAGUCCGCGGAGUCCACACCCUGUGGCUCACGAAAAGGCAGCAUUGCCACCCAGCUCUCCAGGCAGCUGCAGAACAUCGAACAGCCGAUGCAUCUGUGGCAUGAGCUGGAUGAGGAUAAGCAGGAGCAGAGGAAGGAGCUGGGCGGGCGCAACGAUUGGCACAGCGAGCCCGUCUCCGCCAUGCCUGUGAAGCGACGCACGCGCGGCACCUCUGCCACGCCCUCAACUGCUUCGCCCCUAUCCUCGUCCCCGGAGCCCGCCUCGCCCGUCCUCUUGCGCCAGCCACUCGCCCUGUGUCUCAAGUCCAGCAUGGAGGACAUUUUCCAGGCGAUCGCACGCAGCGCCGAGCAGGAGGAGCCUCUAUUCGCCGACUGCAACAGCUUGGCGCCCGUCACCUGCAUCGACGACAUCAUCUCGGAGCGACGCUUUUCCAGACCCCUGUCCGCCUACUCCAUCACGGAUCUGCUCAACGAGGAGCAGGCGGCGGGUGUGGAGGAGGCCACCUAUGUGAACGACACGCUCCAGGAGCAGGCAAUAGCAAUAAGUUGAGGCCCAGCGGCAGACUGAAGUUUUAAGACCAGUAGUAAGGCAAUAAGAUCUGUAGAAUUACGAAGGGGCGUGACUCCAAAAUCAAAGGACUGGGCCAGAGAUGAAAUGGAUUCAAUUCUCCGAUAUAUAAUUGCUUUCUCUAAGCAGAAUUGUUGAAUACUUAGGAUAGAGCAAGUCUCCAGAAUUUUUCCUGAUUUGUGGAAUUUAUUUCCAAUGGAAUUGAUGAAUAGCUGAGAACAGAUAAAUAAAUUUAAAUUUUGUGGACUAGUUAAUACUUGUACAAGCUCUAUAGUCUGAAAUAUCGUGUGAUGUUUUCUUGGAAUGUUAGUAGAAGUAAUUGGAAUGCUAGUAGAUAGGCCUAUUUCAAACGAAUUCCUUGCAUAGUUCAAUCAAUUUGUAUUCGUCACUAGUUACUACUAGCCCAUAGAGAACUGGAGACGUAAACCUCAACUAGACCGAAACCAUGCAGCAUCCUCAGGAAGCACGGCCCUAUGUCCCACCUAAAUCGCCAGAGUCAGUCAAUCGCUGUGUCAGUCAGUCAGUAAGUCAGUCGUUCAGUCGUUCAGUCUAACAGUUAGUAGCGUGCCAUGUCUGAGUCACUAGCACACUUACAUACAUACAUAUCAGUGUAUAUUUAUGUAUGUACUUGUAUAUAGUAUACUAUAUACUGCCAGGCAGGCCUCUCAAGCCUCAGACACUCAGUCAAUCAGUCGCUCAUUCAGAUGCGGAAGACUCCUCGACGCUUGCCUUUUGUUUUGCCUUCAGCUCACAAAUGCAAAUGAGUCAGUCACACACACAUACACAUACACACAUACAUGAAUAAGUACAUAUAGAAAACUUAUAUAGACUGCGCAAUGAAGUGAAAUGUUUAAUAUAGCACUGUAAUCUCUAGAGUUUAUUUUGUUUGGAGAUUAGUAUUGAAGGAGGCCUCUCUGUCUCCCCGACUUUGCCAGUUUGCUGUUCCCUAUGAACCCAAUUUAUUAAGCACUUGGGCAUAUUUAUUUGUUUAAUUUGAGGAAAGCUUAAACAAAUUAAAAUACCAACAAUAUGAUUGUACUUACAACUAAAUUACUUGCAAUGUAAUUUAAUUACGCAAAACACUAAAAAUGCAAAACUCAAAAUCGAGCAGGAGCUCAAAUGAAAGAAUAAUGUUCGAAGGCCAAGCAACAACGACUAACAAACGACUAAGCCCCAUUGUAUAUAUUAACUAAUUGAUAUACGUACAUACUAUAUUUAAAUAGAAAUAUUUGAUGUAACCUUAUGAAUUUGUAGUAUUAUCUGUCUAAUGUUUGUAAGUUUGUAAAACUAAAAAAUAAAUCCCGCAUUUUGUUAAAGCGAA